UGAAUUCAGAGCCAAGUUGACUUUAGUUAGCCUCCUAACUCACUUGGGUACGAAAGUCAGAGAGAUGUGCGGAUUUCAAAGCUGGUGCGUAAUUUAAUAAGUUAGGUUUGGUAGCGUAGGAUUAGGAUUGCUUUCCUUUCUUGUGCAUCUCCAUUCUCUCUACUCAGUUUUUGUGUACCCAAUACCCCCCGGUUAGUUGCAUGCUUUCACUUACGAUCAACUUUCACACCUUCCAUUUGAUCUCUCUUCCUCUCCGUUAAAAGGGUUGUCUUCUUUUUGUUCAGGAAUUUCUUAAUUUGUCAGCUUUCUGUUUGUUUCCUAAGAAAAAAAGAAUCUGCUUUUUGUAGUAAGUAGUAAAGCGGGCAUUCUCUACUCUCAGCUGCUAACUGAACUUCUUUAAUGAUUUUUCAGUAAUGACUUCAGCCCAAGUCACCAAAUAUACUUUCUUGUAUGCUUCAGUGAAAUUCUUGUGUUCUUGCAUCAAUACGUGCAACCUAGGCUUUAACUUUUGAGUUCUUUUCUUUUCUCCAGUUCUUUGAGUGAGAGAAAUGGAAAAUUUGAGGAUUUCUUUGUGUUUAUUGCUUUCUUUACUUAUCCCUAUCAUUCUUGCUCCCGUUUCAGUUGGACAAUUAUCACCAAGUGAAACAAGAAUUCUUUUCCAAGUUCAAAAACUCCUUGAAUAUCCUCAAGUUCUUCAAAGAUGGACCAACUGGACCAACUUCUGUUGGUUACCUCCUUCACCUUCUCUCAAGAUUGUUUGCUCAAACGGUCAUGUAACAGAAUUAACUGUGAUUGGAAAUAGAACCUCCCCAUCUCAGAUCCCAAAACCAAUUAAUUCUAAUAAUUUUCAAGUUUCUCGACAAACUUUGUCUAAGAGUUUCUCUAUUGAUGCUUUCUUUACUGUUCUAACAAAGCUUUCAAAUUUGAAAGUUCUAUCACUUGUUUCAUUAGGAUUGUGGGGUCCGUUUCCUGCCAAGAUCAAUAGACUUUGGUCUCUUGAAGUACUAAAUGUUAGCUCAAAUUUCAUUUAUGGAGCAAUUCCUCAACAGGUUGUGUCAUUGAAGAAUCUUUCUAGUCUUGUUUUGUCUGAUAAUUUGUUGAAAGGACCUGUUCCAGAUCUCAAAAGCUUAGCUCUACUUCAAGAAUUGGAUUUGGGUGGCAAUAAUCUUGGACCCAACUUCCCUUCAAUAAGUAAAAGUGUUGUUACUGUCAUACUUGGUAACAAUUCCUUGAGAUCUAUAAUUCCUUCAGAAAUCAAGAACUUCAAUCAGCUUCAGCAAUUAGACAUUUCGUCUAAUAAACUAAUUGGACCAGUCCCAUCUUCCCUGUUCUCUCUGCCUUCAAUUCAGUUUCUUGAUUUAGCCCAAAAUCAAUUGAGUGGUGCCUUGCCAAGUAACAUAUCUUGCAAUUUUAAGCUUAAAUUUGUGGACAUUUCUAACAACCUUCUGAUAGGAAAAUUACCUUCAUGUAUUGCAUCUAAUUCUUCUAAUCGCACUGUUAUUAGUUCAUGGAAUUGUUUGUCUUCUGGUGCAAACUCAAGUUCCCAGCAUCCACUUUCGUUCUGCCAUAAAGAAGCAUUGGCUGUUAAGCCACCAGUUGAAACUGAGGAGCACAAGUCCACUAUUCAAAUAGGCCUAAUACUUGCUAUCAUUGGAGGUGUUGUUGGGAUAGCAGGUGCUCUAUUGCUGAUUCUGAUCAUCAUUAGAAGAUCAAAAAGAAGAGCUAAUGGUGAAACAUUUGAAGGAUCAAUGAUCGAUAAAAUCUCUGUUGUUAGCUCCUCUGUGCCAACCGUCGAUUCAAGGCGUGUGCCUCAGACAAUGAGGUCAGCUGUAAUAGGUCUUCCGCCGUACCGCGUGUUCACGUUGGAAGAAAUUGAAGAUGCAACUAAUAACUUUGAUCCAUUGAAUUUCAUGGGAGAAGGAUCUCAAGGACAGCUAUAUAAAGGGUGGCUAAGAGAUGGUGCAGUGGUCCUGGUGAAAUGUGUCAAAUUAAAGCAAAAGAAUUUGCCUCAAAGUUUGGUGCAGCACAUGGAGGUAUUAUCAAAGCUGAGACAUUUGCAUUUGGUCAGUGUUCUUGGACACUGCAUUGUUACUUAUCAGGAUCAUCCAAGGACAGCCACCACAGUUUUUGUGGUUCUUGAACACGUCUCCAAUGGAUCUCUUUCGGAUUAUCUUACAGACCGGAGAAAGAAGGAUAUCCUGAAAUGGCCACAAAGGAUGUCGAUUACUGUUGGAGUUGCUAGGGGGAUCCAGUUCUUGCAUACAGGAGUUGCACCUGGAAUUUUCGGGAAUAAUAUCAAGAUCGAAAAUGUAUUAUUAGAUGAAAGUCUCACUGCAAAACUUAGUAACUAUACAAUCCCUAUGCCAUCUAAGGUGGGUUCAGAGAGUCCUCUAAAUGGACAAGAUACCUAUAACAGCAGCGUAAAUGCAGAAAAAGAAGACGUUUAUCAACUUGGUGUGAUUUUGCUUCAAAUGAUCACUGGUAAACUAGUAACAUCACCAAACGAAUUGGAAGAAUUGAAGAUUCAGGUAGAGAAGGGCUUAGCUGAAGCACCAACAAAAUUAAGAGCAAUAGUGGAUCCGUCAACAAGGGGGACUUUCGCAUAUGAAUCACUAAGAACUGCAGUUAAAAUCACCAUGAAUUGCCUGUCUAAAGAGUCAAGUAACAGGCCUUCAAUAGAAGAUGUACUAUGGAAUUUGCAAUAUUCAAUGCAAGUUCAGGAAGGAUGGGCUAGUAGUGGAAAUCUUGCUACACAAAUGUAGUCUUAUUUACUCCUUUUUUAUUAAAUUUCACCGGAUGUAAUGGACGGACACAAUUUUGUUGCUUCUCUAUUUCUAUAUA